AUGGCUGUUAAGUCCAGAAGAUCGUGGACGACCGUGAUCUUCGGCGUCUUUCUCGGAUUCACAGCGUCCUCUUGGCUCAUUUUACCUCAGGUUCUGGAAAGUAAAAGGAAAAGAUCUGCCAUGUGUUUGUACUACAGUGACUCCGCCGUUGCUAUAGGUGCUGACAUCCACGGGAAGUCCGUGUCAGUCAAAGAUGUGGACAGUCCGCAGGAGAACAGGUUAUUCAGUACGAAGAACAGCAGUGGACAUUUAGGCAGAACCCAAAGCAAACCAAAGCGUUUCAUUUAUGUUGGCGUGAUGACAGCCAAAAAAUACCUGACGUCUCGAGCACGGGCUGCGUAUGAGACAUGGGCGGCUUCUAUACCCGGGAAGGUGGAGUUCUUCUCGAGCGCUGGGUCUGGGACCGUCCACGCGCCUGCUCCCCUCCCUGUGGUUUCACUGGCAGGUGUUGAUGAUUCCUAUCCACCACAGAAGAAAUCAUUCAUGAUGCUAAAGUACAUCCAUGACCAUUACCUGGAUAAAUUCGAGUGGUUCAUGCGGGCAGAUGAUGAUGUUUAUAUAAGAGGUGGGAAGCUGGAAUUGUUCUUGCGGUCACUCAACAGCAGUCAGCCCCAUUACCUUGGCCAGACAGGGCUGGGCACAGCUGAAGAAUUAGGACGACUGGCUCUAGAACCCGGAGAAAACUUUUGCAUGGGAGGUCCUGGGAUGAUCUUUAGUAGAGAGGUGUUACGCAGGAUGGUCCCUCACAUCAGUACCUGUCUAAGGGAGAUGUACACCACCCAUGAGGAUGUGGAAGUAGGGCGUUGUGUACGACGCUUUGGAGGCACACAGUGUGUAUGGUCUUAUGAGAUGCAGCAACUGUUCUAUGAAAACUAUGAACACAACAAAAAAGGCUUCAUUGAAGAACUUCACAGUCGCAAGAUCCACAAUGCCAUUACGCUCCAUCCCAACAAAAGUCCUGCCUACCAGUACCGGCUCCACAACUACAUGCUCAGCUGUGAGAUCUCAAGGCUCCGUUACCGCACGAUCCUACUCCAUCGUGAAGGCCUACAUAUGAGUUAUCUUAGUGAUACAGAAAUACUGUGGGAGGACCAACAGCUGGGGUCUCCACCUUCCUACAUGCGCUAUGUGCCCAGUGAGAGAAAUGAUGUCACUGAGUGGGAUUUCCUGACAGGCCAACAUAUUUAUUCUGCCAUUGAAAACAAGAUGGCUAGGCAAAGCCUUGGAAAAUUGCUUCGGACUGCCCUUGAAGACAAUAUUAUACUAGAGGUCAUGGAAAUGAUUAAUGAAAAUUCAAAGACACGUGGCCAUGUAAUUGACUUUAAAGAGAUUCAGUAUGGCUACUACAGGGUGGAUCCAAUACAUGGUGCAGAAUACGUCUUAGACUUGUUGCUUCUGUACAAAAAACACAAGGGACGUAAAAUAACUCUGCCUGUGAGGCGGCAUGCUUACCUUCAACAGUCCUUCAGCCGACCUUUCUUUAGUGAAGCUGAAGAUCUAAAUGUUUCAGAACUUAUGGCUGCCAUCAACUCUGAAUCCCAAUCCCUGUCAUUCCUAUCCAACUCUCUGAAGUUCUUGUCACCUUUCCAGUUCUAUGAGUCAACAAGAGAAAUGUGGGAGCAAAGCCAGAAAAAGAUCAGCAUUCUUGUCCCACUGUCUGGUCGCUAUGGCACUUUUAUUCGGUUUAUGGAGAACUUUGAGAAAGUGUGUUUGAUACCUAAACAAAAUGUUCAGCUUUGCAUCAUUUUGGUGGACAAUGUAAACAAUAAGAAUAUAAAAAAGCAUAUUCAUUUAAUAAUGGACUAUAAGAGAAAGUAUCCUAAAGCUGAUAUGUCUGUAAUCCCCAUGACAGGAAAUUUUUCACGAGGGCUGGCUCUAGAGCUGGGUUCGUCACAGCUUGAUAAUGACACUUUACUGUUCCUCUGUGAUGUAGAUCUAAUCUUUAGUGGUGAUGCUCUGCAGCGCUGCAGAGAUAAUGCUAUUCAAGGGAGACAGGUCUAUUUUCCUGUUAUCUUUAGCCAAUACAGCCCUAAGAUUGUGUACGGUGAAAAAGCCCCAAGUGAAAACAACUUUGUGCUCACCAAGAAAAGUGGCUUUUGGCGUGAUUAUGGCUUUGGAACCACCUGUGUUUUUAAGAGCGAUUUACUAAAAGCUGGAGGUUUUGAUACAUCCAUCCUAGGCUGGGGGUUGGAAGAUGUAGACUUCUACACCAAGGUUAUUAAUUCUGGUUUAAAGGUUUUACGCAGUCAAGAACCAGGAAUUGUCCACGUUUAUCAUCCUAUCAAUUGCAAUUCAAGCCUUGAACAGAAGCAAUAUAAAAUGUGUCUUGGGUCAAGAGCAAGUGCAUUUGCAUCAGCUGUGCAGUUAGCAGAGAUGUGGCUUGAGAAACACAUAGAGGUAGGCUAUAACAGAACUUCAUCCUGAUACUUCAACUUUCCAGGACUCCUCUACUUUCUGUUCUGCUUAAACGCAGAUAGCUAUGCACUGUGGGGCCCAAGGCAGUCAUGUCUCUAAAACUGAGUGUACUCUAACCAAUAAAAUGGUACUAGACACAGCUUAACCAGCAGGAGAUAGACCAAUGUUGAAGACACCAAAAGGAGAUAGAACAGAUCUGCACCCAAUUUAGUGCAGAAGCAAGGCCAACUAUCUGCUUUUUUACUUUAUUCCAAACCAGCUGGAAAAUUGGAAAAAAUGAGAAAAAUAAAUAUUUGUGAUAUGUAAUAGCUAAAUGUAGCUGAUUGUUAUUUGUACAGUUAUGCAUCACUCUCUACUAGUCUCCUUUUUAUACCCGGAUAUAAAUUAACUACUUGCUAAUCUGGGUAAGUUGAGGAAUUAAUUAAAUGACCCAAAGAACAAGUUGCAUAAUUCAAAAUACUUGGCAAUUUAAAAAGUACUAUCAGAAAAUGAAAUCAACAGAAAUUAUUGAUAUGGUAAGUGAGAUUUGUAAAUGCUGGAAGUUAUUCAUAGAGUGAUAUUUUACUUUGCUACAAGUUUGAGUCUGUAGCAUAAUUGUCGCCUACAACAAUUAUGCUGCCUACAACUCAGUGAGUCAGUGAAUUAGAUAAUUUGUUGUUUCUCUCCAUAAGUUCUCAUUGAGCAGCAUGGUGUGCUGCGCUAAACAAUCUGUAUGUAUGUUUAGGUGAGCGAUUUGGUACUGCUGUAUUGAUCUACGGUAAACUAAUCUACCUUAAUCUCCCACUGCAGUUUAGAAAUAGGCUCGUGCAGAAGCUGAAGCUGAGCCCGUGUAGUUACCGUCUGUCCACAUUUCUUGUAUGCUUCUGUUCUAGAAAUAAGUCCUGCUCAGCUGUCUUAUUUCCAGUCUCAAGUCUAAAUAUAAUGUUGCUUUCAUUAAUUUUAGAGUAUCAUAAUUCAGCAGCUUCACUGCCAUCAUUUUACUCAAUCAAAACCUAGGAAGAUGCACUAAGACAGAACCUCAUUCUCAGUUACCCAGGAUGCAUACAAUAAAUGUAGGCACAGCUUAAAUCAAAUACCAAUGAAAAAUGAUAUUAUAGCUUUAUAAAUUAAAAAAAUUAUUGUAAACACCAAAAGGACCCGAGACACUCAGCGUUGCACAUUGUGUGCGUUUAUGUACAACUGUGCCUUUCACUUUGCUGCCCCAGCAGCUUCCCAGUUGUUGCCACCUCCACCUCCAGCCUCCCUGGCACUACCCCCUGAACCUCCAUCACACUUAUAUUUUUACAUUAUAAAUAAAUAAAUAAUCAUUUCUGUGAUUAAACCAAAGGUAAAGUGACACGCUGCAUCUAAAGGCUUGAAAGUGGAAUGCACUACCUACCAAUAAAUAAAAUACUCAGUUAAAGGCAGGAUAACCACUUUCACAAUACUUUCUUAUUCAUGCAAAAAAGAUUUUUUUUUCUGCAAAACAAAUCAAAAACAUCUUACAAUUUCAGACACAGCAUUUAUAAGCUUAGAUAAUUAUGUGUUAUAAUGCACUUUAAGUUUGCCAUGCAGCCAGAUGGUGAGGUAUUGUUUUAUUAAUAUGAAGAAUUACAGUACUAUACUAACCAGUUUUUGCAUUUUAAAACAGACAUUUUAACUUUUGUACAGUUUAAGAUCAAUUUCAGCAUAAAGUUUACAGCUCUCUGUAACUCUAGAGCUGAUAUAAGCAGUAGUAUUUAUUAUAAAAAUGAGAUUUGAUUGUAAAAUAUAAGCAAAUGUCUAAAUCUUGUUUUAGACUGAAGUCCUGUUUCUGAAUUAAAUAUAGGCUUUCUCCCCUGACUGAUUAAGCAAUGAUUGGGUGACCUUUAAAAUCAUUUAGACAUUUGAGGUAAAUCUAGUACAGGGUUGGUUGAAAAUUCAAUUUUUAAUUAUUUCACGUUGAUUUAAUGAUGUUCAUAUGGAAAUGCAAAGUUUGAAUGCUGUUAAUUUACUGGCUCUGAAAUUUUUUUUAUUGUUUUAUUGACCAUUUUUAUUGUAAUUAUCCUUAGUGUAAAUGAGUGAUUUUAAUUCUUAAUAGAAGAUGUGUGAUUAUCCUUUAUUGAUUCUAUUUUUAUUUUUGUUGUUGUUAAAUGUGACUACAGAAGUCAUUAGGACAGACUCUAGAAAAGCUGAAAUUAAACACAAAUGAAAAACAAAUCAACUUUUCAGUUUUCAAGACAGUGAUCUGGAACCAACUGAAAUUUGAGUGUCAUUCUAUUUCCUUCCUUUGCCCACUACAACAGUUAGUUUAACUUGCUAGUUUUUGCACCGUCUCAAAACAGUGCCCCAAAAGGCUCUGCCUGCACUGGUGGCAAAACAAAGCUCUCCACCAGAUGUCACAGCUCCACACACAGUUGGUUUUUGAAGCUUGAAGUUGGUGAGUUCUUGGCCAAGCCUUUUGAUUGGUUGACUGAUUAUGCAGCACUUUCUGGUAUAAAUAUUUUGAGCCACCCCUGUUCCUGUCAGUUCAGGCAGACCUCUAGCACCUGUAAUAAAGCUAUUUUUCGCUGGCGUCUUUCACGGGAUGUUCUUCUGAUGGUGCAUUCUGAUAAUGCUGCAGUUUCUCUUUGUAUGUUUUCUUUGUAUUUUGCCACAGAAAAUUGUUGGGCUAAAUAAAGGACACUUUGUUAGCCAUGAGCCAUUUUGCACGAAUUUGUAUCUACAAUCAAUCACAGAGAUAAUAUUGUGUGUCAUUGCUGCGUCUGGACUAAAACAAAUCUGACCCAUGUUUUUGACCCAAAUUUAGUUUGUUUGGAAUGUUUUUGUUUUUCAAAUCCUGUGCCAAAGCACUGCUUGUAGAAACCAGCAUUUACUAAAUUUUACUUUUGUUCUUUGAUAAUUUGGUUCAGUACAGUCAGUCAGUUUCGAGUAUUAAAUUCAUUCA